CAGUGAAUCGGAGAGAGUCCUAGCCGAGAGUAGCUAAUGCCUCUACGGGCAGAUUUAUUUGGGUUAUUGACAUUUUUGAAUUUCCGGGAGAAACAUAUCUAAAAGACGAAGACUUUUUUUUCCCCUUUACGGUUUAGGUUUUAUUAGUUCGAGAAAAUCAAGCCUGUUUGCGAGAGAGUUUAGUUGGUCUGAUCAAUCGUAAUGUGGCUCAGCGGCUAAUCCUUGGACUUCAUUCAAUACUAAUUCACCUCGAAGCGCUUCGUUUGGGCGAGCGGAACCGAUUUAACGUCCACAUACGAGUCAGGAUGACAGAAUACAAGCUGGUUGUAGUUGGGGCUGGUGGCGUUGGGAAAAGUGCACUGACCAUUCAGCUCAUUCAAAACCACUUUGUAGACGAGUAUGACCCCACUAUUGAGGACUCGUACAGAAAGCAGGUUGUGAUUGACGGGGAGACAUGUUUGCUGGACAUUUUGGACACUGCAGGUCAGGAGGAGUACAGUGCCAUGAGAGACCAGUAUAUGAGGACAGGAGAGGGUUUCCUGUGUGUAUUUGCCAUCAACAAUGUCAAGUCCUUUGAGGAUGUACAUCUCUACAGGGAGCAAAUAAACCGUGUCAAAGACAGCGACAAUGUACCAAUGGUGUUGGUGGGGAAUAAAAGUGACUUGGCCUCUCGUACUGUAGAGACACGUCAAGCUCAGGAGCUCGGCAGAAGUUUUGGAGUCCCGUUCGUCGAAACAUCUGCCAAGACACGACAGGGAGUGGAGGAGGCAUUUUACUCUCUUGUCCGGGAGAUCCGAAAAUACAAGGAGACAAACCGUAGCAAUAAGAAGAGCAAAAAGCAUACACAAAGACGCUGCACACUUUUAUAGCAAUGCACACAAACAGGCCCGCACAGCACCCCUGUGAUAGCAAUGCACUCAAUGUCACACACACAUACACUACUAUAGCAUCACACGUUUCCUUUUUUUUUUUUACUGUUCCUUCUCUUAUGCCCACCAGCCUUUGAGGAAUAGGAACCCAACUGGCUAUAUGUGUGUUUAUAUGUGUGUAUGAGAUAUUGCAGAGUGGCUGAUCUGUUGAUUCUAAACCUCACUGAGAAUCAUGUGACUGUGGAAUUGUCUGUAGUCUUAUUUUGCCACACUGACAUCACAUUAUCCAGUGCUUUGCCAUGUGUAGCUUAAUAUUUGCAUGGAUAAAUUAGUCCGGAUUGGUCUUGUCAACUAUAAGCUGCUGCUCUCUUCUGUGCUAAAAGGACCUUAUUUUUGUGUGGUAUAGCCAUAUUUUUAUAACCACAGCAGCAAGGAACAUUGACCUUGAGUUUAUAAUCGAUUGAUGAUGGUGGUGAAGGGAUGUCUUUAAGUUGGUAAUGGUUUGCUGUUUGUAGGUAUGUCUCGUUAUGUCUUAUCUCCUCAAACUUCAUUGCGUAAGGUUAAAGAUUUUUUCCAUUGUUAUUUUGGGUUUUGGGGGAGGAACCUCAGCUCAUGCAAAUGAGCAAAAUGAGGGAGCUAAUCAGUGCAGCUGCUUAGAGAGUGACCACAUAGUUCAGUUAGUGAAGGUCGGGGAUUGAGGAAGCAAAAAAUUCCCCAAACAUUUCUGAAAAAUUUAGUUGUGGAAAAGCACAUCAAAGCAAACAUUCACCACAUUCCAAACCCCUAACAUAUGUUGUUAUUGUGUAGACCUUAAGAAGUGUAACUUCCUCGUGCAGUGUGGGAUAUAUACUGCAAAUGUUCACUAAGAUUUUUAGUACUUGCUAAACAAAGUCUUUGUAAUUUUGCCAUCAAAAAGGGGUUUGUGUAGAUUUCACCUUCUGUACUUUGGGAAAGUCUUUCAAAAUCCACACUGAAAGUAUAUUUGACAGAUUUUCCCAUGAUUCUAUUGCCAUUGCUUGUGUUCUGGGCCAUAUUGUCCUUUAUCUUAAAGCCCUUCUAGAUAAACUUAUAUAAAGCCUAGCUUUAAAUUUUUGACCUGCAGUAUUUCAUGUUAAAAUCCUGUAUUUUGUAACAGUUUAUACUGAAGCAUUUUAGUUACACGUACAAGCAUUAUUUGGCAUUAUCAUUACAUUUAUUAUGAUGUAUUAUGUAAAAUGCCAGCGUUUUCCACCAGUGAUGAGACAUUCUUAACUUUGGGGAGGUAGAGACAUUUGACCUAAACUCCUCAUUGAUGCAUUCAUUAUGCCACAGUGAUGAUACAACUGUAGUUCUAUGUUUUGUGAAUAAAGAGACU